UUUUUUUUUAUUUAUUGAAAGGUCUUUAUUCUUUUUUUUUUAUUAUUUAUCUUCUCUUAUAUUAUAUAUAUAUUAUUAUUAUCAAACAUGAUAACUACUAAUUCGAUAUCACCUUUAGUUGAUGCACUUUAUAGUCAUGUACAAGCAACACUUCAUUUGACUCAAGUAGUUUUGACUUUGGAAUGGACUGUAUUUUCACGCUUGACCUUUAGUAUACUAGGGUUGGCAUUUAUCUAUCUUUUAUAUUUGAUAUUCAGUCUCCGGAAUGCUCGACAACCUCUAGUUGUUUGGGAAAAACUUGGAAAACCUAUUAUCAAACCUCUACGAUCCAGGGUAUUUAGUUUUUUAUUAGGUCAAAAUGAUCCAUAUGCUAAAUCUAUUGAACUUCGCGUUCAGUCAUUGUCACGUGGGUUUUGUACAGCUAUCAUGCGGGACCAUCAUAAAAACCGAAAUCCAUUCAAAAGUAUUCAUGCUACUGCUUUAGCUACAUUUGCAGAAACUGUAGGUGGAUUAGCAUUAAUGACGAAUUUGAAAACAAAAGAUCGUGCGAUUUUAAUAUCAAUGAAUAUCAAGUAUGAAAAGAAAGCUCGUGGAUUAUUAACAGCAACAUCAGAAUAUAGUUUACCAAAAGAUCUUAAUGGCAAGAAUGAAAUUCAUACUGAAGUUAUAGUAAAAGAUAGAACAUUAGAUACAGUAGCAUUAGCAGAAUUCGUUUGGAUGGUAGAAUUAGUAUAGAUUUGUUUUGUGUAUUUGUGUGAAACAAUAAAAUUUGAAAGAAGGAUGAUGAUUUCUCACCCAAUAUUGAAUAUAAACAAA